AUGCCCAAGCUACCCACGCCGUUCGACAUGUCAAACCAGACCGCCUCGCCGUCGCCCGGUCACGCCUACGUCGACGGCCACACCGGCGACCUCUGGGGCCGCUACCGUGAGAUUCAGCUUGCCAGCGACAAGACAAACUCCCUGAUCGAGGAACUCCUCUGCCGUUACGACACGCUCAGCGAGCAGUUCAGGAAAGAAAUCGAGGAUCAUGACCGCGAACGCGAAUACAACCGCAUCGCCCAGCGCAGCCUCAAAGACAUGGAAACCACCAUUCUGAACAUGCAGGGCAACAUGGUCGGUAUUCACGAAUCGUCCUUGACUACACACACUGAGAUGCCCCAGGAUCGAGAUGCAUUUGUCUUAGUCCUUGUUGAUGGCGAUGGCCUCAUCUUCAACGACCAACUUUUGUCUGAGGGCGCCAACGGCGGCCAGCGCGCUGCCGGCGCUCUGGAAGAGGGUGUCUACAAAUAUGUACGCACCCAAGUCAAGGGAAUGCCACCCAACAUUAAGGUGACUGCGCGCGUAUAUGCAAAUGCGAAAGGCCUGGCCGACACUUGCGCCCGCGCCGGAAUUGCAACCAAAGCUGAAGUGCAAGAUUUCAUGAUCGGAUUCACCGGCGCCAAGUUCCUCAUGGACUUUGUUGAUGUUGGUUCUGGAAAGGACAGGGCUGAUGAAAAGAUAGUUGAGCAUCUGAAAUUGAACCUUUACAGCCCGACUUGCCGCCACAUUAUGCUUGGGUGCUCUCACGACAACGGUUAUGCUCGCAUUUUGGGAGAAAUCUCUAAUUACGACUAUCUGGUGGAUAAGAUAACCUUGCUGGAAGGGGUGCCGUUUGGCAGGGAGUUUGCAGCUCUGCCAUUCUUCAAAAUCCAAAAGUUUGAGGGUCUGUUUCGUCCGCACAAAAUCAACACAUUCGGCAUGGACGGCCUCCCCACUCCUUUUCCACCGCCGGGACUUGGCAGUCUGACAACGACCGCAAACAAGGUGAACGGAGUUAUCAAAGUCUCAAGUCCCAGUCCCAGUGUUGCUCCUGCUACAACCGCUGGUGCGUCUGCUGGUUGGGCCAAUGUCGCUGCGAAGGCGGCUUCUCUGCCUCUUGCUGGAUCGAAGCAGAGUACUCGCGAUCCAAACAACAUUCCUCGUAACCGCAAGGGCCAGCGUAUCGACCCUCCGACGAAAAACUAUGAUAAGGAGGAAACCAACCGCGUCAAGCGUAUCAAGAUGUGCAAUGUCCAUUUCUUGCGUCAUGAGUGCCCCUUCGGCAGCAAUUGCACUCAUGUUCACGACUACAAACCCAACAAAUCUGAGCUGGACACCCUCAAGUUGGUUGCACGUAUGGCGCCUUGCAUCCACGGCACAGGUUGCGAUGAUCCGAAGUGUAUCUAUGGUCACCGUUGCCCGUUCCCGCCGUUCGGCAGCAAGAAAACCGGCAAGAACUGCAUCUUCCUAGAUGAUUGCAAGUUUCCACUUGAGAUGCAUAACAUGGACAUGAAUGUUGUUCAGUACACUACCAUUCGUUAA